AUGGUGUCCAGUUCCAUUGUCGACAUAUUCUGCUUCUCACCUCCCGGUGUUUCUGGCUCCUUCUCUUCCACAGCGUCGGUCCCAUUUCGCAAGAGUGUAUUCUCCGCCAUUUUCCUCUGGACCCUCGUUACCAUGGGAAUGACCCAGCUCCGCCUGAUAUUCUACAUGGGGAGCAUGAACAAGAUGCUGGAGUUCAUCGUAACACACGGAAUGAGAAAUGACGAUUUACUUCAUGAAGCAGAGGACAUCGUGAAUUUCUAUUCGUCCAUAUUUGGGAUCCUCCAGCUGCUGUGCCUUUUCACCUCCCCCCUGAUUGGCUACAUCAUGGACUGGCGCCUGAAGGAAUGUGUGGAGACGUCAGAGAAGUCGGUCAGUACAACAGUUGACUCUCCAGGAGCGAAGAGACCACGGGAUAGAACAAUCCAGAAGCUGAGCAAUGCCAUCAGAGCCUUUGUGUUGACAAACCUGCUGCUUGUACUGUUCGGUGUGACCUGUUUGAUCAACAUUCUGCCUCUCCAGUACCUCACGUUUAUCUUUCACACGGUGGUCCGCGGAUUCAUCCACUCUGCCUGUGGUGGUCUCUACGCUGUGGUGUAUCCCACCAAUCAUUUUGGAUCGCUGAUUGGUCUACAGUCGCUGGUCAGCGCGGUUUUUGCUCUCCUCCAGCAGCUUCUCUUCAUGGCCAUGUUGGGGCCCCUCAGGGGUGACCCCUUCUGGGUGAACAUUGGCCUGCUGAUCCUGUCCGCCACGGGCUUCCUCUUGCCCGGCUACCUGUGGUACCACCGUCGGAACAUCCUGAAGGACCGGGCGUCAGCGGGCCGAGGGCCGGAAGUCCCGGCCGAGGGGACGGAGCCGUCAGACGGGCCCUCUGCCGGCAAGCUGGCCCCCGAGGCCUCCCACAACGGCCUGCUCCCUAGCAACGAGUCCUCGGCCUAGUCCUGGCAGGAAGGCCUGCCCGUCCUUCCUUCUCUCUCUCUCUCUCUCUCUCUCUGUCUCGCUCCCUCCCUCAUCCUCAUUGAACCCCGAAACUCUGCAUGACCACCCCACCCCCC